AUGGAUCAUCGGAAUGAAGGAAUGGAAACAGGCAGAUUUGCGACGAUUCGGCAACAAGUUGAAAAUGUAAGAGAGGUGAUGAACAAUAACAUGCAAAGGGUGUUAGAAAGAGGCGAACAACUGGAGAAUAUUGAAGGUAGGACGGAAGCGCUCACUCAGUCGUCGCAAAACUUCCAGUGGACAGCACGACGCGUUCAGCGUCGAAGGUGUGUGAAGAAUGCAAAGUGGACUAUUAUCGUUGCUUCUUGUUUAAUAGUUGUAGUCGCUACUAUCAUACUUAUUAUGCUGAAGAACUCUGGCGUUUUCUUUCACUCUUGA